GGGAGAGAGAGAUAGACCUGCCUUCCUUUGGUUGACAUUCUCGGACGAGCGACCAACAAAGGUUAGAUUCUGUACUUUAAGACAUAGAUCGAGAAGCCCUGUCUUAUCAGUUCUCGAUCUCACUACUCACGGCAACCUCAAGACCUCUCUAUCGUAUUGUCAUUCCGCCGGAGCUAUCCUGCAAGACCUGACCUAAGCAAUCGAGAUCAUCAUCAUUCCAGCUACUAUGGGCAUUCCAAUCGACAAAAUCACCGAAGCUUGUGAUCGGUUCCCGAAACAGCAAGGCGUCACUUUCAGUUAUGGAACUGCUGGCUUCAGGACCAAAGGUGCCACCCUCGCUUCCACCUUGUUGCGAGUCGGCAUGCUCGCUGUCUUGAGAAGCAAGAAGCUGGAUGGACGUACGAUCGGUGUCAUGAUCACGGCUAGUCACAACCCUGCAGAGGACAAUGGUGCCAAACUCAUCGACCCUCGAGGCGAGAUGCUGGAUCCGACCUGGGAAGCCUACGCAACGACCGUGGCCAACGCCGAGACCGCAUCUGACCUGCUCAAAGCGCUGACCCAGCUAGUCGACAGUCUCAAAAUCGACCUGACCAAGUCUAGCUCGGUUAUCUGCGGAAGGGAUACGAGGCCGUCAGGCAAUGAGCUGAACGAUGCUCUUCAGAUGGGGAUCAAGGCGAUGGGUCAGGAGACCGUCGAGCUAGUGGAUCUGGGCGUCGUUACCACCCCAUGCGUCCAUUAUGCUGUCAAGUCGAGAAAUCUGAAGGGGGAAGAGCGAAAGGCGUAUGGAGAACCGACUCUGGAAGGCUAUCUGAGCAAGAUCGCUGACGCUUUCAACCAAUUGAUGACCGGAAGACAGUCUACCUCGUCUCUCGUCAUCGACUGCGCAAACGGAGUUGGAUUCUCGGCGCUGGAGAUUCUGAAACCGAUGAUCAGUUCCUCGUUACCGAUUGAACUGGUGGGCACCAAUAUCGACGAUCCCGCGGCUUUGAACAGCAACUGCGGAGCCGACUAUGUAAAGACUGGGCAACGCCUGCCUCCCGCCAUGACGGACAUUCUCAAGCCUGGUCAGCGAGCGUGUUCUCUCGACGGAGACGCCGAUCGUGUCGUUUUCUACUACUUGACGACCGGUUCGCACAAUGCGCCUGAAGCCGGAGGUCAGGUCCAGACUGAAGGCAAAUUCAGGCUUCUGGAUGGUGACAAGAUCGCCACCCUCGCUGCUGGAUACAUCGGAGAUCUCGUCAAACAGGCGGGUUUGGGCGACAAGCUCAAGAUUGGCGUGGUGCAGACCGCUUACGCCAACGGAAGCUCUACUGCUUACCUGAGGAAUGCUGGUCUCCCCGUGCGAUGCGUACCUACUGGCGUCAAGCAUCUCCACCACGCUGCCGAGCGAUACGACAUUGGCGUUUACUUCGAGGCCAACGGGCAUGGAACCGUUCUCUUUUCGCCCGAGACGAUCGAUAUUCUCGCCCAGUUCGAACCGUCGACUCCUGCCCAAGACACGGCUGCGAAACAGCUUCGGGGCUUGAUCAGCUUGAUCAACCAGGCCGUCGGGGACGCCAUUUCCGACUUUCUCCUCGUCGAGGUGAUCCUGGCUCACAAGCGAUGGGGUCCGGAAGAGUGGGAUGCAGGAUACGAGGACUUGCCCAACCGACUACUCAAAGUCAGCGUCGCCGAUAGGAACGCCUUCAAGACGGAAGAUGCCGAGCGAAAGUUGACGAGCCCGGAAGGCAUGCAAGCCGAGCUGGACGAACUCACGCGCAAGUUUGAAAAGGGACGCAGCUUUGUUCGACCCAGCGGGACCGAGGAUUGUGUUCGUGUAUACGCCGAGGCGAGCACCGAGCCCGGCGCUAUCCAAUUGGGCAAGGCGGUACAAGACUUGGUCGAGCGAUACUCGUCUUAGAUGCAUUGGCGCUCGAGCUAGCUCUCGUUGACGCAUUGGCAAGAUCUUCCGCAUCAAGGCAAACGACGGCCCUGUGGCAUUGAGCCCUGUAACGAACCUGUAAUAACCACGAUAUCGAAUCAUACUACGACGAAC